AUGAAGCUGAAGCAACUAGAAGGCCUAUUAGGCAAUCUUCAGCAAUUCUCCAACCCAAAGGUGGAGCUGGAGCAGUACCCUACCGGACCUCACAUCGCUUCCCGCAUGCUCUACAUGGGCGGAAAUUCGUAUGGGGAUGUAACUGAAAAGGUUGUGGCGGAUUUCGGCUGCGGCGGUUGUGGAACAUUAGGCGCCGCUGCUGCUCUGAUGGGCGCAGACCACAUUGAGCUGUUAUAUGUUUAUUCAGAAUCCCUCGAGAUGGCAACAGCAAAUGCUGAGGAUCUCGAGCUUGACAUAGACUUUGUACAAUGUGACAUCAGGAAUCUAGGAUGGAGAGGUUCUAGUGUUGACACAGUUAUAAUGAACCCUCCAUUUGGGACCCGGCGGAAGGGUGCGGAUAUGGAGUUUCUCUCUACAGCCUUAAAAAUUGCUUCUGGAGCAGUAUAUUCAUUGCACACCAGAGACGUGAGUAGCCUUAGUAGCAAGUAAAGAAUGUUGCUUGAAUGUGCAGUAUGGACAUUUGAAUAGUUGAAGGUGGUGGGCGAUUCUCCUGACACUUUAGCAGGUUGUGAAGCUUUCCCUAAUAUGACCAUUUGUAUACUUGGUUCACUUCAGCAUAUUAAAAGAGCAGCCUUGCGCUUCAGUUUGAUGUUCCUCAACUGUUAAGUUUCACAAGAAGAAGGAAGUGGAUGUUGCAGUAGACCUUUGGCGGUUUGAGCCGAAAGAUUAAUCCAGGCAAAGAAAUUCGAAUUCGAGGGGCACUCAAAACAUAUCCUACAUGGGAAAUGAUGGCUUUUCUCAAGUCUCAACAGUAGAAAAUGCAAGUUUUUGUAAU